AUGGCAGAAGACCGUGGAGCGGCGGUGGAGGCGACGACGACGGCGACGACUGAUGGGGCUGCAUCUUCCGCGGCUGGUGGGGAUCGGUGCUGUAAAGUGUGCUUGCAGCACCCUCAAAAGUACAAGUGCCCGCGGUGUCGGCUGCCAUAUUGCUCGGCUGCGUGCUACAAACGCCACUCGAGCACGCCAUGUGAGGUUGUGUCUCGCGUGACGCGCCGACCGCAGCCCGAGGUGCUGCCGCCGCGCCAGCUGGAUGAGGACGAUGUUUCAGAUAGCUUGUCGCCGGCACAACUUGCGGCACUUGCACAGAGUCAAACUGUGCGUGACAUGCUUGCCAAUCACCAUCUUCGCAACCUCUUGGAUGAGAUCGAUGAUAGCGCCAACGCGCCCGCCGCUAUGAAACGUGCCCGCCAUAUCCCCCUCUUUACCGAGUUUGCUGAUGCCUGCCUCACCGAGCUUGGCAUUCACCCAGCCAACGCAAAUGCCUGA